AUGGCAGCGGGAGUAGCAGCGUGGUUGCCCUUUGCCAGGGCAGCCGCCAUAGGAUGGAUGCCAGUGGCCAACUGUCCCAUGCCACUGGCCCCAACGGAGAAAAACAAGCGGCAGGACGAGCUGAUCAUUCUCAACGUGAGCGGCAGGCGUUUCCAGACCUGGAGGACUACUCUGGAGAGGUACCCGGACACUCUCCUGGGCAGCACCGAGAAGGAGUUCUUCUUCAACGAAGACACUAAGGAGUACUUCUUUGACCGGGACCCUGAGGUCUUCAGGUGCAUCUUAAAUUUUUAUAGAACUGGCAAGCUGCACUAUCCCAGGUACGAGUGCAUCUCUGCGUAUGACGAAGAGCUUGCCUUCUACGGGAUCCUCCCCGAAAUCAUUGGGGACUGCUGCUACGAAGAGUACAAAGACAGAAAGCGGGAAAACGCGGAGCGGCUGAUGGAUGACAACGACUCGGAAAACAACCAAGAAGGGUCCAUGCCAUCCCUGAGCUUCCGGCAGACCAUGUGGCGAGCCUUCGAGAACCCCCACACCAGCACCUUAGCCUUAGUCUUUUACUACGUCACCGGUUUCUUUAUUGCUGUCUCUGUGAUCACUAAUGUCGUGGAAACUGUCCCUUGCGGCACGGUGCCUGGAAACAAGGAGCUUCCAUGUGGGGAAAGAUACGCAGUGGCUUUCUUUUGCUUGGACACAGCUUGUGUGAUGAUUUUCACAGUUGAGUAUCUGUUGAGACUCUUUGCGGCCCCAAGUCGCUACAGAUUCAUCAGAAGCGUGAUGAGCAUCAUCGACGUGGUGGCCAUCAUGCCGUACUACAUCGGCUUGGUGAUGACCAACAACGAGGACGUCAGCGGAGCCUUUGUGACACUAAGGGUUUUCAGGGUUUUCAGGAUUUUCAAGUUCUCUCGCCAUUCCCAAGGCUUAAGAAUCUUGGGCUACACUUUGAAGAGCUGUGCCUCCGAGCUUGGCUUUCUCCUCUUUUCCCUCACUAUGGCAAUCAUCAUCUUUGCAACUGUGAUGUUUUAUGCAGAGAAAGGGUCCUCGGCAAGCAAAUUCACCAGUAUUCCUGCUUCCUUUUGGUACACUAUUGUCACCAUGACAACACUGGGGUGA